AUGAGUAAAUCAAUCAAAAAGUCGAAAUCAAAGUACUCAUUAGACAACAUUCAUCAAGUUCCCGGUCUUAUCGCCUACAUGGUGUGCAAAGGAAACGCCAUCGUUCACAACACAUUCCCCGAAUCCGACAAUCCUCGUCAAGUUGCCUACAAUGCAAUGAGAAUGGCCACUCGAACUCAAGGAACUGAGCUGAGCGACUUGAAAAUUCACACAAUCCAAGUGCAAUACGACGAUUUUCAAGUGGAACUGUUUCAAAUCGGCGGACAUUUCUGUAUCGUCAAAAAGCGAUUGGAGACCGACUAG